AUUGUUGUCAGCUAUUAGUUAGAAUGCGUAAGCAAUUAGUUGAGUUGGAACUGGGAACCGAUCUACCCUGGAGACCAAGCUAGAAGAGGUGAAGGUCUCGUUGUUUUUGCGACAGAGAUGGAGACGAGCAAAUGUUCAUCUUCUUCUUAACCAAGCGUUCGGGGUGGGGUUGGGUUUUGUUGUUGUAUGGAGACUUGUCAAUUCAGCGCUUCGUCUCUUCGUACGACUGUUUUCAGGCGUUGGGACGUUUUCCACGUCCUUGGUUGUGUGUUGGGGGAUUCUGCGGUGCCGUGCUGGGUUUUGGGAGGCAUUCAGCUUACUGCUGGGCGCGAGCAGAUAUCGCUUGGUGGAAGCAAAUUUUCGGCAGAUAUGGUGUUGCUUUAUGGUGAGUGCUGGGCGGUGUUGCGUCGGUGGGCGAAGAUUUGCAUCCUGCUAUAAGGGCUUUGAAGCUUGACCGGAAGAAAGAUGGAUUUGGAGACCGUAGGCGGCUCGUGACUUCGUUGCCUUAGGGCUA